AUGGAUUUGGAGCCUCGCACCAUGAACAAUAUUAGAUCUGGUCCUUAUGGACAGAUCUUCCAUCCUGAUAACUUUGUUUUUGGACAAUCUGGUACUGGUAAUAAUUGGGCUAAGGUAAGUUACACCGAAGGUGCUAAAUUGAUUGAUGUCGUUCUCGAUCUUGUUCGAUUUCAAUUGUGCCAUUCAUUGGGUGGAGGAACAGGUUCUUGUAUGGGAACACUUUUGAUCUUAAAGAUCAGAGAAGAAUACUCGGACAAAAUGAUACUUACCUUCUCCGUUUUCCCUUCACCUAAGGUUUCUGACAUUGUUGUUGAGCCUUAUAAUGCUACCUUGUCCUUGCAUCAACUGGUUGAAAAUGCCGAUGAGUGCAUUGUUCUUGUAAAUCUACUUGCUUUGUUCUAUUUUGUCGGAUCUCUACUUCUGGUUACUAUCAGUUUUGGUAUCAGAGCAGAUCGAUCCAACAUGGUCAAUACCAGAUUGUCUAAUUCCAAAGAAGGCGUUCCCAAUGUUGAAUCUCUUGCCCAACAAUUAUCUGCCAUAGCGUCAAAGUUAAAUACGAUUGACUCCCUGGCAGCAGAUGUUGCAACAUUGAAGGCCCAGACUAGUUGCACUCAACAAGAAGAAUCCAGUCACAGAAAUCGUAAUAAAGGAAAGUCUAUUUGGCAAGAUGAGGAAGAAGAAAUUGAUAGUCCAUCUUGGUCAAAAAAUCCUCCCCGAAAGCCACACACAAAGAUGGAAUUCCCUAGAUUUGAAGGAGGCGAUCCUAGAGGAUGGAUUUUGAAAGCAGAAAAAUAUUUCUGCUACUAUCAAACUCAAGAGAAACAUAAAGUUGACAUCGCAGCGAUGUAUUUGGAAGGGGAUGCUCUGGAUCUUUUCUCUUGGAUAAAUCGUGAGCGAACUUUGCUUUAUUGGGAAGAACUUGUUAAAGCAUUGCAAGAAAAUUAUGGUCCUGCAGAGUUUCAAAAUCCCGACGAGCACCUUUGCAACAUUCAGCAAACAGGUUCUGUACAGGAGUAUCGUCAAGAAUUUGCAAAGCGUUCAUUUAGGGUUACAAAUUGGCCAGAUCACUAUCUCUUAGGGGUGUUCCUGAAUGGGUUGAAAGAGGAACUUAAAUCUGAUGUUAGGAUUCACAAACCCAGAACAGUUUACAGGGCUAUGAGUUUGGCACUUGAAUUUGAAAAUAAAUUAGGCACAACUCGCAGUAAUAAAGUGCCUAAUUGGACCCCAAACAAUAGACCCACGGUACAAAAUCCAUUGAAUUCUUUUAGAAACACCCAGAACAAUUCUUUAUCUGCAAAUCACAAUGUACGCAGCAGUGUUUCAUCCAACCCAGCCGCUUCACAACCUCUUCAAAUGCGAACAUGGGAUACCAAGAGGAGAAAUCUUAUGGCACAAGGACUUUGCUUUCGUUGCCAUGAGAAAUUUGCACCCGGUCAUAGAUACAAAUCUGCAAAAUUAUCUCUCAUGGAGAUUACUGGAGAAGGUCAAUUGGAAGAGGUUAACGAGGUCAAUGCAGUAAUUGGUGAUAAUCCUCAAGAAAAUGAACUUGCUGAAAUUUCCUUCCAUGCCAUUUUGGGACAAUCAGUGGGUGCUACAAUGAAGCUUCAGGGUGAGAUAAAUGGUAAGAAUGUUUUAAUACUUGUGGAUAGUGGUUCCACACAUAAUUUUGUGGCUGAAUCCAUUGUGGAGGAGCAUAAUAUACCAGUAGAAAUGGUUCCAACAUUCGGUGUGCAAAUAGGGAAUGGGGAUAUCAUUCGCUGCAAUAAAGUUUGUCGGAAUCUUCAAAUUCAAUUGUCGGGCUUUACUAUCACUCAGGAUUACUACCCUUUUGCAAUUGGAGGGGCUGAUUUGGUUUUUGGUAUCAAAUGGUUAGCUUCUCUCAAUACGAUUCAAGCUAACUGGAAGGAUAUGUUCAUAAUUUUCAAUUGGCAAGGGAAGCGUUACAAAUUGCAAGGCGUGAGAUCGACAGAUUCAACCACAGCUUCUCUCCAAUCUUUUAACAUGGUUUCAGAAGUUUCAAGUAAUGCAAUCCAAACCCUUUUACAUGAAUUCCAGUUUGUGUUUUUUGAACCAACAUCUAUUCCACCAUUUAGAGCACAUUCUCAUGCUAUUCCUCUGUUACCAAAUUCUAAACCUCCAAACAUCAGACCUUAUCGUUACCCACAUAGUCAAAAAACUGAAAUUGAGAACCAAGUUACAGCUUUAUUAGAAUCUGGUUUCAUUCGCCCUAGUUCAAGUCCCUUUGCUAGUCCGGUUUUGCUAGUUAAAAAGAAAGAUAACUCUUGGCGGUUUUGUGUGGAUUACCGUAGCCUAAACAAAAUCACUGUCCCGGACAAAUAUCCAAUUCCAAAUAUCGAUGAGUUGUUAGAUGAAUUACAUGAGGCCACAAUUUUUUCUAAAAUUGAUCUUCGUUCCGGAUACCAUCAAAUUCGUGUCCAACCUGAUGAUGUCUAUAAAACUGCCUUUCGCACUCAUUCAGGCCAUUAUGAGUUUCUCGUAAUGCCUUUUGGACUCACUAAUGCACCAUCCACAUUUCAGGGUGCCAUGAAUGAUCUUUUCAGGCCAUACCUUCGAAAAUCUAUCCUAGUGUUCUUUGAUGAUAUUCUAAUCUAUAGUCCUGACACUCAAACACACCAACAACACCUUCAAACAGUCCUCCAUCUUCUUUCUGUCAAUUCCUUUUUUGCUAAUCCAAAGAAAUGUUUAUUUGGUCAACACCAAGUUGGUUUUUUGGGUCAUGUGAUUUCAAGAUAG